CAUUAUUCGUAUUACCAGGGAUAUUCUUCACGAAUAUUCCCCGGGUGAAAUGUUGACUUUGUUCACAGUUUAUAGAAGGCGUGAAUAUACAGUCAUGUUCGAUGUUCAUUAAUUAAAACCUAGUUUACCAUGCUAUCCUAUGGUAUUUAGAUAUGUUUUCUCAAAUAUGAGCUAAAUUAUUGUCAUCAAUAAUUUUAAAGGGAUGCUUUGCCAAAUUAAAUACUAAAUUAAAUUUGCAGUAUUGUACUAACAGACAAUAUAUUUGUCUUCUCUUAGGAAUCAUCUCCAAGUUUAGACAUUUGGAGACUUUGGAGGGUGGGGGUGGAAAAGGUAUAAAAUUAUAAUAUGUUUUUUUUAAGUUAUUUUCACCUGUUAAUUAUUUUGACAUUAUUCCCCAACGUAAUUUCCACAUUUUUAAAUGCAAUAAUUUCAGUAAAUUAUAAUUGUAUUUCAAAGUCAAAUAUAUGAUUUUUACAACAAAGUAAGAUAGUGUUGUUGUUUUUUCUCAUUUAUUAUAGAUAUUGAUAAUUCUGUAUGAAAUAUUUUAUUUUCCUCUGAACAUAUUAUUCUUUCUUAGAAUACAUACUUACAUAACAAACGAUAUUUUAUAUUCAAUUGAUAGAAAUUAUGUAAUAAUGACUUUAAUAUAAAAGGAAUGAUUAUUAAAUAGGAUGGUGUAUCAUCAGAAUGUAUUACAUGUAACUGUGUAUUUUGAAAAAAAUGGGUGUACAGAUGAAGGAUGGCAAAUGCCAAUCUGAAACGUCAUGGCAGCUCCACCUAGUGUUAAAAAUACAUAAGUUUACACUCUGUCUUGAUCAUCUAAUUUAAUUGUUUGUCUUUCUUCAUCUAAUCUGUGAUCUAAUUAACCGGUUUGUCUUCAUUUAAAACAUGUCAGUGGGCUUUCAUUAGCGUACUUAUCAGUAACCAGUACGACCAUAGAAGACAUAGAAAGAACUGAGCAAAAAGUUUGAUGCAAAAACACAUGCGCCAGUAUCUCCACACUGAAAGCAAAGCAGAUGUUCCUGAACUCAAACAGUUUAGAGUUCCUGGCUAAUAUAAGGCUGUCUUGACUAUUUUUAGACUUUGCUUUCUGUGACCAAAUGGUGGGGACACUGGCGGCUGUGUGCAAAAAAAGCCUACAUAGUUUUAGUGAAAUAGUCGAUUUAAAGAUGUCUCUACCAGUACUCGCAUUCAAUUAAAAUUAAAAAGUCCAUGGUUUCGUUUCAAGUUGAGCGUUGUACAUCUAGUAAAACAAUAAAAAUGGCGGAAAUAUUAUUUUGAACUUUUAAAAUUUCUCCAUAAAAUCGAUGUUUCUACGCAAGAAUGGAACUUAUAUUAGGUACGAAAACUAUAAAACGAUAGCAUGAGUACUGGUGUACCGGGGGGUCGAAAUAGAUCGGCUUCCCAAGGCGAUGUACUCGGGGCAGAAGAUGACUGUGUACCGGGAUUUGUAAAUUAUAAACAACUCACUGAACAACAUAGAAAUGUAAGUCAAAGUGUUCCAAGAAUAUCUCACGAUAACAUAACACGAAAUGUUCUCAAUAACUGUGAGGAUCAGUCUCAUAAAGGCAAAGCCCCAAACAAAAACAAAGUGUCUAAAAAGCCAUCCAUGCGAAGGUUUGAAAGUUGGGUGCACAAAAUCGCAAAACAUGUUGUGAAUCUUGGUGUAAGUGUUACACACGCAUCUAAUAAGGAUAUAAAUAUUAAUCAGCAAGCUGAACGUGAAAUCAGAAAUAAUGCGGAAAAUAAACAACUAAGUUCUGGUGCCAUAGAAAAAACAACACCAUGUAUACAAGAACCUCCAAUAAACAAAAACGGUGUCCCAUUGAUGCCAAAUGGUCAAGUGCCUGGGGUUUCUGGUAUUAGAAAUCAUGGAAAUACAUGUUUUAUGAAUGCAGUAUUACAGUGCUUGAACCACACAGACCUUCUGGCUGAAUACUUUGUAACAAACAAUUACAAACAUGAUGUAAGACGGCAAAACAGAGGUAAUGCCAAAAAGUUUGGGACUAAAGGUGAAUUGACUGAACAGUUAGCUAUACUCCUGAAGAGUUUAUGGUCUUGCCAAUAUACACCUAGCCUAUCCAACGAAUUCAAACACGUCGUUGGGAAAUAUGGAAGUCAAUACAGGGGCGAUGCUCAACACGAUGCCCAGGAAUUUUUGUUAUGGAUUCUGGAUAAAAUACAUGAAGAUUUAAACACAGCAUCAAAAAGGAGAUACCGUCCCAAUAAGGGUGGAAAUGGGAGAUCAGAUGAAGACUUAGCACAGGAAGCUCUUGCGAACCACCUGCGAUGCAAUAACAGUUACGUGUAUGACUUAUUCCAAGCCCUUCAUAGGUCGUCUCUAACAUGUCCAACGUGUAACGAACAAAGCAAUACAUUUGAUCCAUUUGUUUGUGUGUCACUGCCAAUUCCUCAGAAAAUCAACCGAGCCUUGUUUGUGACAGUUGUUUACCUUGACGCUAGGCCACAGCAAGUCAGAGUAGGGUUGUCUAUGCCUGUACAUAGUACUGUGAAAGACCUGAGAAAGAGAUUGGCUGAAGAGGCAGGGGUGCCCACUAAACAGGUUAUUCUCACUGAAAUCUACUACAAUGGUUUCCAUCGGACAUUCAGUGAUGACCAAUCAAUCUCUGCAAUACAAGAAUCGGACAAUAUAUACGCCAUUGAGACUCCGCCCCCUUUUAAAGAGUCAAAGACUGACUACCUCCAGCCUGAAUAUAUCACCCUGCUGCUCCUUAACAAAACUGGUUCUGCCUCUGAAGGAAGAAGGUUUGGUUGUCCCAUGGUCCUCCAGAUCCCACGUGAUUCUACGUUUAGAGAAAUUCAGCAUGACGUCCUACACAACAUGAAAGACUCUCUGAAAGAGGGUAUAAUUACCCAGGUGUCUGUUAUUGUAUUUAGACUACGGCUGCUUGAUGGACUACCAGGGAAAUGUAACCUUCCCACAGAUUUAGACCACCCUCUCUAUAUGCCAACAGUUGACAGAGCGCUCAGUGUACAAAAGCCUGAUAGCGGACCAGCUCAUGUAAAGCUCAUUGUGGAAUGGGACUCUGUCACUAAGCAAAAUAUGGUUGCCAGUGGUGAUGAGAGUAUAGAACAGGAGGAGAGUGUCUCUAGGGUGAAACUAGACCAACAACAACCAGUUAUAGGCAGCCUGGAUGAGUGUUUCAAUCUCUAUACACAAGCUGAACAGUUGGGUGCAGAGGAUGCCUGGAACUGCCACCACUGCGGCAAAAGACAACAGGGGACCAUUAAAAAACUUGGACUCUGGUCCCUACCUGAUAUACUUGUAGUGCAUCUGAAACGCUUUAAACAGGAGGGACUGAAGAGGAAUAAACUGAACACAUUAAUAGAGUUCCCAGUGUCAGGGCUGGACAUGGAGGGACACGUAGAGCACAAAUCCACCCUUCGUAGAGAGCUAUCACCAUGGAGACAGAGCAGACACAAUACCCCAGGUCCUGAUGACUAUGUAUACGACCUAUAUGCUGUCUGUAAUCACUAUGGCAACAUGGCUGGGGGACAUUAUACAGCAUUUUGUAAAAACUCCACUGAUGGACAAUGGUACUCAUUUGACGAUCAAGUCGUAAAGGCAAUCUCAAGUAACCAGAUUGUCAGUCGGGCAGCUUAUUUACUAUUCUACCAAAGACGCUCUGUUAACAACAUGAGCUCCGCAAGUUCUACUAGCUCAGCAGGGAGCGAUCAUUGGGUUUAUAAACUGCCUGAGGUUCAACAUAGUAUACAGUCCAUCCAAUCGAAGUCACCACCCAAAGAAACUACUCAGUCUCGACUCACAGGAUUUGCAAGAAGAGCUUCUGGUAGGUCCAAAAAGCCUAAACCUGAGAAGAAUAAGCUAAUUGAACGGACAAUUAACACCUACGGCACAAUGACACGUCGUCCCCGCUCCCAGUCAUGUGGCCCUGGAUCUGAACAUCGGAUCAACCUCACAGCUAACGACAUAACGUCCCCACCCAAAGAGAAACCCCCUGGGUCCCCUGUACGUAACCCCAUGAAGAGAACGGAGAGUUACACGGCAGCUGCUGAAACUGACAUGGAAUCGUGCUCUUAUUCUGGACUCAGUAUGUCGAACUAUUCACUUGGGGCAAAUUUUGAACGCCAAUGGGAUUCUCCUGAGAGAACCCUCCCAAGGACUGCUAGAACAUGGGAGUCUCCUCCCAGGAGUAAACCUGUGGGAACAGUAUCAGAAUGGGAUCUGUACAGUAGACCGUAUCUACAGGAGUCAUGUGUAUAAAUUGAUGUGUACAUUAGACCACAAGAGUCAUGCAUAUGGAUUUAUGUGUACAUUAGACCAGAUGAAUUGUGUAUAGUGUACACCAUGUGUAUGAUAGACCAUAUUUCCUACAGUGGAUUAAUAGGCUUGUUAAGAAGACAGUCUUCAGAAGGCUUUAUCUGUACUUUUGCCAAUGAGACAGGGUGUCCUCUAGACCCUAUUAUAGGAACCUUGUUGUCUUGUGUACAGUAGACCCUAUUGGAAAUAUGUGAAAAGCGAAUGGCAUUUACACAUAAGACCAGCUCAGUUUCCCCAUACAAGGGUUGUAUAUAGUAGACUAUUUUUUAUUAGUACCCCUAUGGGUAUACAACUUGGAUGUGUGCAAUAGACUAUACUUGAAUUGUAGAUGGACAAAAAUGGUAUUUAC